AUGAAAUCCUACACAAUUACAUACUAUUUUGUACUAGCAAUUACUCCAUAUCAUUCAGCUUCUGAUCUUAACGAAAUUAUAACUAGUUUUCAGAUUCGAUGUAAAGUAAUAUCAUUAAGUACAGUUCAAAAUUUUGGCGCAAAUAAAGUUAUUGAUGGCAUCGUAUGUGAUAAAUCUGGCGAAAUAAAAAUAGUAGCCUUCAAUGAGCAGGCGAAUCGUGCUUUACAAAAUAUGAAAAUUAAUGAAAAACUAACAUCUAAUUUAAAAUAUCGAAGUCCAUUUUCAAAAAACGAAAUUCAUAUAUGUCCAUCAACAACAAUUCAAAAAUAUGAAUCUACUGUAUUCGAUCCAUUAAUUCAAAUUAAACCAAACCCAUUACGCGAAAUAUAA